GGUUAAUUUGAGAGGAUAGUUUUAUGAUGUGUUUGGUGAACGUCCUAAAUCUGGAAGAGUGUAAACUCCUCCCACACCCGACUGACAAUAGUUUUCAAAGCGAAGUGACGAAUAUGAAGAGAUAUGAAGUGGCGCUUAAGUGAAUAAUCCCAUACCAUCCAACCUAAGGUCUGAGGCCAAGAAGGCUGCCAAAAUCCUCCGGGAAUUCACAGAGAUCUCCAACCGAACUGGACCUGACAAGCUCAUUCCUCCUCAUGUGAUCGCCAAAGCGCAAGGUCUGGCCAUCAUAUCUGUCAUCAAGGCGGGGUUUAUGAUCACAGCGCGGGGAGGCAGCGGAAUCGUUGUGGCUCGGCUUUCUGAUGGACGCUGGUCUGCUCCCUCUGCUAUUGGAAUCGCAGGCCUUGGAGGAGGGUUCGAGAUUGGCGUUGAGGUUUCAGACCUGGUCAUCAUCUUGAAUCACAGGCGGGCCGUCGACGCGUUCACGAAAGGUGGCAACCUCACCUUGGGAGGCAACUGCACUGUGGCUGUGGGACCUCUGGGCAGGAACGUUGAGGCGGAUGUGGCAUUGCGGAGCACAGCCGCCGUCUUCACCUACUGCAAGUCACGUGGCCUCUUUGCAGGGGUGUCCUUGGAGGGCUCUUAUCUCAUAGAGCGUAAAGAAACCAACAGAAAGUUUUAUUCCCAGGAUAUCCGGGCCCACGAGAUCCUGAACGGGAAUGUUGAACCUUCUCCAGGUGCCCAAGAGCUGUAUGACAUCCUGGAGGACUACACCGAGAAGUACACCACAGACUGGCAGCGCAAGAACCUCCGACAGUCCAACAAGUCAAGUGCUCCACCAGCAAGACCACGGCCUCCCGUACAGAAACCCUCAGUAGCCCGCAAAGCGGAAGAUGUCAAGUCGUCCGUGUACCCAGAUGUCGCUGCCCUGAAAUGGGACAGUCCUGCUCCAUCCAGAACAGCAGACAGGCCCCUAGUGGUCACAGCAGUACACCCUUUCACGGGCCAGCAGCCCGGGGAUCUCAGCUUUGACGUGGGAGACAAGAUUACCGUGAUCACCAAGACUGACUCUCAGUACGACUGGUGGGAGGGGCAGCUGCAGGGGCAAGUAGGCAUCUUCCCUGCUAACUUUGUCUCCUUCAACUGAGCAGGGCGGGCAGCAGGUCAGUGGGAAUAUGUCCCGACAGUUGUACUUAGUUUGCACGUCUUUUGAUUUGUUUAAUAUUAUGUCACCAGCUGAAGGUUGUAUGAUUUCUAUUGCUUGUUAAAGGCAUGCCGCAGCCCCCACUCAUCUUCAUUUAAGUGUUAAAUAUUUAUGGGCUGCAGGGACCAGUAUGGAAAUGAAUUGGAAACAGAUUAGCACUACAUAGAAUUUAAUUUUGAAAGUUUUUUUUUUUUUUUUUUUUUUAGUUUGUGUUAAUAUGGUUAAAGUUUGGUUCUGUUACUGAAUGUUGCACAAUGAAGGAUUUUUAUUUAAUUUUUUUUCUUAAAUGCAUGCAAUCUUUGGGCAAAAUGACUGGUUUCCCACCCUUGUCCUCAACCCCAAGACAGUCCAAAUUUUGGCUCCCUACAGGCCUGAAUCGGGUAUUUGUUGCUCUUGAUUAGCUGGGAGGGUGCCAGUAUGUUGAUUAUUUUGGGGUCCUCGGGCUGGGAUGAGAAACGCUGGUUUAAAGGCAUCUUCUAGACAGUGUUACCCACUUGGCUGUCACUUUGUGUUUAGGGUGACUUUUUUUUUUUUUCUUUUUUAAAACCAGUGUUAAAUACUUUACAACUGAAAUUUAUAUUACAAAUUAUUUUUAAAGGUGGGAGGCUGAAGUUAAGGUGGCUGCCAUAUCCAAUGUGUUAAUUUUUUUUUUUUCUUUUUUCUUUAAUGGUAGAAUUUUAAACUAACUUCUGUGUCGUUAUGGUUACAGCUUCAAACUAUGAAUUUUGAAUGAUGAGCAGAAUGUCACACUAUUUGAAUUUCUAAUAAAUAUAUUUUGGAUUAUAUUCUUUAUAAAUAGUUGCAUUUUGGAAUAAUAUGUAAUCAGGGUCUUCAUGUCCAGACCCCCUCACCGUAUUUACAUCAGAAGCCUGUGUGCAGGUGCCAAAACGAAGAUUUUCUUGUAUUGAGAGCCACAUUAUAAAAUUCAGACUGGAAAAUUACACGUAUAGCAAAAUAUUCAACUAUGUUAAUAUAUUCAGGAAAAGAAGGAACAGUUGUUUGUCUCCCAGAGUUGCUCAGGAAAAUGCAGGUCAACCGUUGGAUGAAUCCAGUCCACUUCCCAGAGUAAGGGUUGCUGCCGUAUCUUUGCAUAAUCUUUGUGUCCUGUCUUGCAGCCUCUGUAGUAAAGGCUUGACGCAACAAAAUAACCUGAAGCUCUCAACCUUCCCCCUAAUCUUGUACGAUGACUUUCCAUUGCAUUGGUCUCUGAGCCAGAGGUUGUUCUGCCUCAGGACGGGUUUGAGGGAGACGCAUCUUAACUUCACAUUCCUAUAUACCAGUGUUUCCCAUUCCGGUUCUCGACGACCCACAUGGACAGUCCAUGUCUUUGCAGAAAUAUGGACUGUUUGGCACGGAACUGGAAAGAAGCAAAAAUGCAGACUGUCUGUUCCUGAGGUCUGGAUUGAGAAACGCUGCUAUAUAAAGUGCUGACAAAAUCUUGGGAUGCUGACUUAAUUUGGUGAAAUUAUUACAAAUUGGUUUUAUAACAACGUAAUUCAUUUUACAAAAAAAAAUGUAUCUCAUUAGAAACAACCAGUAGUUUUAAGCAAAACAUUCAUCUGAAGUAGUGAAAUUGAUACCCAUGUUAUAGUUCUAAAAGAGCUGUUCUGAGUUUAAAAGUUUGACAAGCAUUGGGUGCUUUUUUUUUUUUUUAAUUGGUAACAAUGCUAAAUGUGUAUUGGUAUCUUUUUUUUGGAGCCAGUAACUCCAAUUGCAAUUAAUAGCAAAAUGGUAACAACAGAAGAAAAUUGACAAUCAAAAAAGGAAAUGUCUGUGUGAGAUGUGCAGAUACGUUAAAACAUUGCUUGUCAAUGGACUUUUGUUUUGAAGCCAGUAAAUUUGCAAUGCCUUAACGGAAUUAAGGAAGUGCGCCAAGACACUCUGUGAGCACUGUACAAUCAUCGGUCGGAUGUUCUUUGUGAGGAUAUGAUGGAUCAGUCAGGUUUUUGUAAUUCUGAUUAUAAAAUGCAAAUUUGUAAUACAUUUAAAUAACUUUUGUUAAUAUUUGGACUUUACCAAUUAAGAGUCAUCCUCUGUGGUGGUUCAAGCCUGUUAAACUGUGUUUUUCUUUUGUGCUAGUCCACAAACUUGAUCCUGGAGGACCCUCACUCCACAGAUUAGAGACCAAUGGCAUUCCAAGAAGGACAGACUUUGUUAGCAUGCUGUUGAAUGUGACAACCAAUGAGAGCGUGUCAAUGAGAUCAUUUAUCUAAGGUGGGGUGGGGGGGCAGUACUCUGACCAUCCUGUGGAAAUGAUCAGCAUACUUUCGCUAUCAUAACUGGUAGCAACUUUGUAACACCGGCUUCAAACAGGAAGGGUGGCAAGAAUCCAACUGCAAAACUAGCUGACAUUAAAAAUGCUAGAUGGUGUCAUGUGAUACGACUAAGAGAUCACAGAACUUUUACCGUGUACAAGGCACAUGCAAAUGGAGCUCCAUGACUUAAGAACUGAUCAAAAAUUCACUGUAAUCUGAAGGCAUGAUGAUUUUCCUCAGAUUUUCUGGCUAUGCAUCUUAAGUGUAGCGUUUUGGUUUUUUUUUUUUUUUUUUUUUUUUUCUUUUGAUCCAUGCAUUACCGAUUUUGGUAGCAUUACAUGGACAAAAUACAAAGCUUGAGUUCUACUGUUUAACGGUUCUGUUCUCUUACAGCACAUUUAAAAUCUGUCACUGACUAAGUGGGUUCCUGUAAUUAAACAGAACUGUAUGUCAAAGAUGCACGUGGUUCCUCUAGGAUUGUGGUUGUUGGGGGUCCUUGCUUACUGUUUUUCCUUAUUUUAUAUAUUAAUGAUUUGCAUUUGUAAUGGGUACUACAGCUAUUCGGCAGUAAUUGACAUUGUAGCUGGAUCUACUGAAGGAUUUGCCCUGCAUUCUUUAGGGCUGGGGAAAUAAUCACGAAAUCCCCUUAUCCAGGACUAGUUCCUUUCAAAUUUGAAACUGACUGGUUUAUGUUUGGAUUCAUUCUCCUCUCACACACGCAUAUAUAUAUUUUGGAGGGUUGUGAGUUUUAUGACACGUGUUUUGAUCACAUCUUGUAAAUCGCCAUCUUGCAUGUCUCUUGUCUGCAGGAAUGGACUUAUCAGGCUGGUAAAAUGUCCUGUCAUUAAUUAUGACAGUUAAAAUAACAUGCAUAGCCACAGUGUGGCACGUCAAAUUCCUACGGUAAAAACAAUAAAUGUUUAUACAUGUCGUCAACCCGAUCCAAGUGUCUAAGAAAAACACCACCUCUGUAUAAUUCGUAGUGUAUUAUUCUGGAGGGUUAUUCACAGUGAAUGAAAGGUGUUUAUCUGCUCUUAGCUAGAAUGCUGGGCCUCUAUCCCUAUUGUAUUUAGAAUCUGUCAACAAAACCCACAAAGAAACCAUAUCCAUUCUGAAGAGCCUUAAUGUUACUUAAAUUAAAUAAUGGAUUAUGACAAUCUUUUAUUUACUUUAAGGGCGCCAUUUAACCAAAGAAAUAGACUUUGUCAAAUGCAUUUCUGUACUCUGACCUCAUACAUUAAUAAACAGGUUUGUUACUUUAA